AAGAUGAAAAUAUAUUUCAAGAUGAAAAUUAAUUUACAGAAAAUAAAUUUACCUGUAUUUGUGCUUUCUCCUCCCCUUCACUCCUUCUGCGCCUUUAAAAUACAGCGUGGUGAAGCUGGAAAGCUGCCUUAAGGAGGCUCCCUCUCCGUUUCUUUCACGUCUGCUCUCCCUGCUGUUAGCGUGAUCGCCGUAUUCUCCGCAGUGGUUACGGUGAUCGAUUUGGCCGGGUUAGCCGACUUCCGCCCGCGUCCAAGAUGGCGAUUAAGCGGCCUUCAUAACCUUUACGGGGCUGGGCAGUGUUGACGCCGGAGCUGGCAGGGGGUGGAGCGGUUAGUAAACAGCAAAUGCGGGAACUGCUGGGCCGGAGUCAGCCAUGGACUGGAAAGAAAUUCUUCGCCGGCGGAUAGCGACGCCCAACACCGGUCCAAACAGUGAAGAAAGCUGUGCACCAGUCUCAUGGUUCAAGGUGGAGGAAUUGCUAAAUGAGAUGGCCAUCUGCCAGCAGCAAGCAGAAAAAAAAAGUGAACAAGAAUUAAAAGAUGAAGAAAUGGAUUUAUUUACCAAGUAUUACUCAGAAUGGAAAGGAGGUAGAAAAAACACAAAUGAAUUCUAUAAGACCAUUCCCCGGUUUUAUUAUAGGCUGCCAGCUGAAGAUGAGGUCUUACUACAGAAAUUAAGAGAAGAAUCCAGAGCCGUCUUUCUGCAAAGGAAAAGCAGGGAACUGUUAGAUAAUGAAGAAUUACAGAACUUAUGGUUUUUGCUGGACAAGCACCAGACACCACCCAUGAUUGGAGAGGAAGCAAUGAUUAAUUAUGAAAAUUUUUUAAAGGUUGGUGAAAAAGCUGGACCAAAGUGCAAGCAAUUUUUCGCAGCAAAAGUCUUUGCUAAACUCCUUCAUACAGAUUCUUAUGGAAGAAUUUCCAUCAUGCAGUUCUUUAAUUAUGUCAUGAGAAAAGUUUGGCUUCAUCAAACAAGAAUAGGCCUCAGUUUAUAUGAUGUUGCUGGACAAGGGUAUCUCCGGGAAUCUGAUUUAGAAAACUACAUAUUGGAACUUAUCCCUACUUUGCCACAAUUAGAUGGGCUGGAAAAAUCUUUUUACUCCUUUUAUGUUUGUACAGCAGUUAGGAAGUUCUUCUUCUUUUUAGACCCUCUAAGAACAGGGAAGAUAAAAAUUCAAGAUAUUUUAGCAUGCAGCUUCCUAGAUGAUUUAUUGGAGUUAAGGGAUGAGGAACUGUCCAAGGAGAGUCAAGAAACAAAUUGGUUUUCUGCUCCUUCUGCCCUACGGGUGUAUGGCCAAUAUUUGAAUCUUGAUAAGGAUCACAAUGGCAUGCUCAGUAAAGAAGAACUCUCCCGCUAUGGAACAGCAACCAUGACCAAUGUCUUCUUAGACCGUGUUUUCCAGGAGUGUCUCACUUACGAUGGAGAAAUGGACUAUAAGACCUACCUGGAUUUUGUUCUUGCAUUAGAAAACCGAAAAGAACCUGCAGCUCUGCAAUAUAUUUUCAAAUUGCUUGACAUUGAGAACAAAGGAUAUCUGAAUGUCUUUUCCCUUAAUUAUUUCUUUAGGGUGGUCUCAGAGAAUAACAUGAUGAGCUCUGAAGUGGAAUUUGAUUGUAUUUUACCUGAUAAGCAUUCAGCUGCAGCAGGUGUAAAUGUAGGAAUGUCUUCCCUUUUAAGAUAAAUCCUAACACACCAUUGUAAAGCAAUUAUACUCCAAUAAAGAUGUUAAAAAAAGAAAAAAAAAGAUAAAUCAUUCCUCAGUUUGAACGGUGACUUUUCUACUUGAUGGAAAGGUUUUGUACAGUAGUGUUCCAUUCCAUUGCCACAUUUCUAUAGCUAGUUUCCAGAAGACCAUCCCAUCUGAUUUUUAUAUGGUUAAGAUUGAUAGUAAGAAGAAAUUUUUUUUAAACAAUAAAAAUGACAUUUUCACAUCUUUGUCGUAAGAAGUUUUCCCCCAGAGGCUUUUUCUUUUCCACUUAAAAAAUUUUUGAUACUUUUAAAAUAACUUUGAUUUCUGAGUUUCAGAGUAUAUAUUUCAUAAUUUCAUGUUAAAUUCCCUGAAAAGCUUUCUAUUAUGAUUUUGUAGGUAGUAAUGACUGCAGAUUAUUAUAAGGAUAAAUUACAAUCCCAGUAUUAGAAUGCAUUUUUUAAAAAUUGAAUGCUACGUGGGCUUAUAUCAGUGGCUCAUCUGAGAAUAUCACCCAUCAUAGGGAUGUCCCCCACUUUAGGCAGACCUAUUAAAUGAAAAUUCAGUUUUAGGAAAACAAAGUAAAUAUAUCUUUUGGAAGCUAAAUACUCAAUCCCUUUUCAUAAAGAUUUUUUAUAGUAUCCUCUACUCUUUGAAUAUUAAAUUUUAUUUAUUAAAUACAUUGAAAAUAUUUCAUACCUUUAUUUUAUCAAAGUUUAUUUAGGCUUGGUUGUAUGGGCUAAGGUAAAAAGUUACUGGUGCUGAACCCUACAGUCCUGGACUGUUCUUAGAGCCUUUGUACAUCAGUAUCCCAGUGAUAAAAGCUGGGCCCAGAUGGUGCACUCUAGAUCAUUCCAUCCAGGUCUCCUGCUCUAGUAGCUUCAAGUGUACUCAGAUUCUCAUCUGCUGCAAAGAGAUGCCCUGUGCACAUUCUGAUAUCAGUGGCACUACAGAGUAGGCACUUGGAACAUAUUAUUUUCCAAGAAUUUUAAGCUUCACAUUUUCCAGUGAAUGACUCCCACCUAAAACAUUUGUUAGUUCAACUGCAUCACAGGAGAUUCUCAGGCAGUAUUUUUUUGUUAAAGUUCAUAAAAGAGAAGAGUUUGAGGGAGGUUUACCUCCAUUUUUUCUGUCAAGUAGAAGAGAAAGUGUAGGGUGGGAGGGGAGGUGGUGGAUUUGGUGCCUUAAAGAAUGGUGAAGGUAUGAAUAGCGUUCCUGGAAAAUUGGAGAAGCAGGUCAUAACAGAAUUGCUAGGCCUGUUAAAGGCCCAUCUGGGGUUGGAGACCAUUCCUAUGCAAUUGUAAUCUGUACUCUUGUAUACUUUUUUUAUGAAGUUCUCCAUAGCUAAGGUGUAGGUCUAGAAAGGUUGAUGGUUACACUAAUCCAGUGUUUAGGUUUUCCUCAGCAGAUGUGAAGCAAGGUCAAGGAAUUUGAGAAUAUUGGCAAGAGCGGUUAAAAUGAUGAGGCCUAUGGUCUGAAAGGAUAGGAAAUGGAACUGGAAAGGGACCAUGGGACAGGACAGGGAAUGUUGCAUAUUUUGUUUUUUAUUUAAAGAUUUAUUUCUACUAA